AUUGUUUGUCUGGGUCAUGACCCUUAAAUGCAUACCUCGGGUAUUUAGAGACCAGGGACCUCAUCCAUUUUUUGGAGUUGUGCCCACACAUCUUUAGUAUUCCUCAAACUAUCUCAUAAAUAAAUAAAUAAACAUUUAAGUACCAAAAGGUAUGUAAGAGUGUCUUUUUUUUUUUUUUCUUUGCACUUCCAUAAAUGUUUUUUUUUUUUUUUAAUAAUUAUUUCAUUUCUAUUUAAGUUUACUAUCACAUGAUAUCUAUUUCUCUGUGUAUUAUAAGACAAAUUAGUGCUAUAUUCAUACAAAUAAACACUCAAUCACGUUGACUUUCUGUGCAACAAUGAACUAUCAACGAUGAUGAAUUGUCAGUAUUUUAUAUGCGUAUACACAUACAUAAUACGCAUGUUAUUUCUUACUCAAGGUGGCAUUGAUGUUUCAGUGAUUGACUUGAUUUACAUUUGACAUUGCUAUUUGAUGAACAAACAACAUUGACGUAAACUUAUAGCAAGUAGCCUACAACACAUGAAUAGUAUGAUAUGACUAUUGUCAUUUGGGUGCACUACUGAAAUAAUGUAAGUUGUGCAUCUGUUUAGACUCAACAAGUGCCUGAGAAAAUACACAUACAUUACACAUGUGUAGAUUAUGUGUAGCUCAGUAUGUGUUUGACAGCCAGUUGCAUUUUAUUAAAUUUCAGUGUGAAAAUAAAUGAUUCCUGUUCUUGAUUGCCCUGAUUUGUUGCAGUAACUCUUUAAUAUAUGAAAAAUAAAACAUCAAAAUAUAUUUUAUUUGUUUUAUAAUAUUUGGAAAAUUUGACACUAUCUGGGCAUUUCGUAAAUCCAUUUUUGAUAAAUAUACAUGCCCGAAUAUGUAAGAGUGUUCGGGAAAAUUACCAUGCAUUUAAGGGUUAAAUCCAGCAGCAGAACCCCUGGAGUGACGUCAUCAGACUGGACAGAGCGCAAGAAUGAACUAGGAGGGGUUUCACUUUCCGACCGGAGGAAAAGCCUUCCAACAUAACGGUAUUAGCGUUUACCCGUACAGACAAACGAUUUCAGAUUUAAGUCAAGCUGUGAAACACAAACAAGGAAUGACAGAAAAUAAAGUUUCUUGCGUUUCUUCCUGGGUCUUCUGUAAGUAAUUUUACAGCUGCUGGAUGACCGGUGCUUUGUCUUAGUCUAACUUCUCAUUACUGGAAUGUGCCAUAAUUGAAGGAGCUGCCCCACUGUUACGAACACGUUCUUGGACGGAUCACACAAACACUUGUCUCACCAUCACCAUGUUGGCCCUCCUGUUGUGUACUCUGUUGACUGUGCAGUCUCUCGCUCUGGAUGUCCAUGUCCCAGAAUCCCCUGUGGUGGCACUGUUUGGAAUGGACACAAUGCUCAACUGCUCAUUCUCAGGGGUCACAAACUUUAACCUAUCUGACCUGAGUGUGUUCUGGCAGCUAUCAGACACAAAACGCACCGUUCACAGUUUUUGGCAGAGUCAAGAUCAGCUGGCCGACCAAGAUGAGAGAUUUGCGAACCGCACCAGCCUGUACCCAGAUCAGCUGAUGGCAGGUAAUGCGUCGCUCUUGCUGAAGAAAGUCCAGGUAGUGGAUGAGGGAAGCUACUCCUGUUUUGUCAGGGUGCAGACACACAGCAGUGCCGCCCUGCUUUUGCAAGUCGCAGCUCCAUUCUCCAAGCCUUUGGUCACCUGGGACGCAGAGCCCAACCUCAGGCCUGGUGAAGUGGUGGCCCUCACCUGUGUGGCAUAUGGGGGUUAUCCUGAAGCAGAGGUGCUGUGGCAAGAUGGGGCUGGACGAAACCUUACAGACAACAUUACCAUCUCGCAAGUAGCCAAUGAGGAGGGGCUCUUCAGUGUGAAAAGUGUUCUGACGGUGAUUCUGGAGCCCAAUAGCACUUACAAUUGCAGAUUGACCAAUCCACUAUUGGGGGAGGAAGGACAAGCAUCUGUUACGAUCACAGCUCAGAAUAUGGUGUUCCCACCGGUGGCUUUGUGGGUGACGGUUGGCCUGGCCUUGUGUUUGCUGGGACUGCUCAUUGCGUUGGCUGCUGUCUGCCGCAGGAAAAUCAAAGAGAGCUGUGAGGAGAUGAGAGCUGAGGAAGAAGCAAAAGAACUUGAGGAAGCCAAAGAACUAGAAGAAGCCAAGUCAGCUGCAACACCUCUAAAGAGCUAAAGCUGGAUGGAGACCAAACGGUGGAGGCCAACAGUCUGUGAGUGUCUUGAGGAACCAUUCCGUCCAAUCCAGCCUUGUCUGAUACAUUUCCUAGGCAUUUGUCAAAAGGGCCUAAUACUGUACUUGUGUUUUUUUUUGUUGUUUUUUUUUUACCCAAGGAUAGUUAUACAUUUGACAUUUCACUCAAUUUAUUUCCUGUGUGUACAGUGGAAGUCAUACUGUAUAUGGGGUGAAACAAAGCAAUAACUUUUGAAAAAUUCUUGCUGGUUGUACAUCUCCUAGAUUGAUCCUGAAAACCUACACAUCUGUUGAGAUGAAACUCUUUUAUCAUUCUCAGAAUUGGACUAAAAAUGUGAAUACACAAGUAUGAGAAACCAGACGUGAACCUCCAUUAACUUCUUCAUUUCCUGUUUUAUAUUCCAAACACUUCACUGCAGCUUUUCUAAAUAACAUCAAGAGUGAUAAACUCAGCCAUUUCUCCAGCCUGUCCUCAUUGCCUGUCUCUCCCACCUUCUCUUGAAGCGGCAAGUGUCUGAAAUGUAUGGCGUGAGCCUGUAAUUGUAUGCAGAACUAGUUAAAGGGAAAAUCUGUUUGAAGCCCAUUGGGUCUGACAAGCUCACAGCUCCACUACUGACACCAGCUCCCUUCUACUCUGCAUUAGGAGAGAAGGCCCAUAUAAAAUCUCUGACCUAAUGGAAAGUGAGUAGUUUAAGAAAGCAGCAAACAGCCUACUGUCAGCAUCUCAGACGAGGAAGGCACUCCUUUUCUCUCCUUCCCCCUCUCGCCUUUUCUCACUUGCUCCUUAAGAUCGCCCCAUCGCGGCCUAAUUAACGCCUGCCCAAGAAGUAACUUGUAGCUGUCAGCUUCUGCCUGGCCCUGCAAAAAUCCAAUAACUUUGAGGAGCAAUUUAGAUGGAACUCCAGCUAAGCUCCAGCAAACUACAAAUGGUGCAUGGGACACACCCUGCUUCUUGCCUGACCUGACAGCACUGUGCUGAGAUUGGUAGUAAUAAUGCACGUCAACUCACAGACUGCGAGGUGGAAUGUAUUACGGACUGGGAUGAUGUAUCUUUAAACUCUGUCUUUUUUUUUUUUUUUUUUUAAUAAUCUCUUCAGGUACCUGAAAUAUUGGAUGCAUUGGAAUUGGAUAUGUGCCCAGUCUUAUUGCAAAAAUGUUGUGCCUGUCAUUUAUUACGUAUGUAAAUUAAAAUUGUUCCUAAAAUUGUUUGUGUGGUUUUCACUGUUAGACUUUUCUGUGAUUAACUUGUUAUCAUUGGGUUUAGUUUUGUCUUUGAAUUGGAAAUUUAAAUGAUACUGAUUUGGAACAUAUCUAUGUACAGUGGCCUUAAAAAGUAAACAAAAAUGUAUAUGAGCACAUGUUUCAAGCAAAACAUUUCACAAAUUUUUUUUUGGGUUCAAAUGAUAAAACAGAUUGUGUCAAAUGAUGUUUAAAAUGAAGACAAAUUUGGACACUUGGUGGUUGACAAACAUGGAAAAAAGUGGAACUGAGGGGAACUGAUUUCAUACAUCCACAAAAAAUGACCUUGGGACCAGCUUAAAGUAAUUGCAAAAAUGGCUCAGAAAAGUGAAGUUAGUAAACCUCUAGUAUCAGGUGUUAGCAUAUGCCAUUUUGUUUGAUAUUUUGAUAUCUUUGCAAUGAAUUUCAUGCAUGUUUAAGUGUGGCUUAAGUGUACAAAUACUUUUGGGGCCACUGUAUAUUUAUCUUUGGCACACAUAUCUGUGUCUUUGUGUGCCCUGUCUGUCCCCAUUGCCCAUUUUUGUCUGCUAGAAAUCAAAUGACAGAUUAGUGUAAAACCCCUGGAGAAGAGUUUAUUUGACACAACCUUCCAGGUUUCCUUCAUAAUUUCUUUACCUCUAAGACAAGGGCAAAUGUCAUAGGAUUAAAGAGAAAGAAAUGCCAUUCAAGAAAUAGUUGUGUUAACCAUCUCUUUUAAGUUUUUGCUCUGUAUGUUAAGCCUGGCUACAAAGGACAUCAGCAGAAACUAGAAACAUACAAUGUCUAUGCGUCAAGGGCAAAUAAAUGAUGUUUUCUGUAAUAUUCCACUAUAUUUAACAGCUGGCAAACUGUGUAUGCAUUUGGCCAUGAGUUUCAAAGUCAUCAAAGCUGAUAUUAAUAAGAGGCUGUCUAUGUUUAUUUCUGAAAGCUAAUGUCUAGAGAUGCUUUAGCCUUGACUGUUAUUUGCAUUUGCAUAUUGAAGAAUCCGUUUGGAGACUAGGGGAUUCUGGGUGUCAAAGCCGAAGGACUUUCCAAAUUUGGAGGCUGUCAAGCUUUUGA